UGUCUAAACACACAGUUACAAGAUGAGGCACAUGGAAGGUUUAGAAUGGAAUUUUCUUUGGGAUAUGCUUUAACCAACUUUCCUGCACAAAGAAAAUUCUUAGACAUCAAAAAUUCAAACAAAUUAAGCAGUACAAGUGUGGAUUCAAGUAAUCUGUUACAGCUAAAUGAAUGCCAAUCUGUCAAUGGCAUAGUGUGCACAGACUUGAAGGAUUUAGCUAUGCCGGUGCAGCGGAAGGAUUAGAUUUUAUAGAGACUCUGAUUACAACAAAAUCCAAGGACCUUGCAAGUGAAGCCUCAAUCCAUGAUCAAUAUUCUUUAUCAAAGGUCUCUUGUUUUGAUAAACAUGCCCAUCUGGUUCCAGACCUCCUUGUUACUUCGUUGAAACAGUCUUCAAGUUCUCUUUGUGUCUCUUCAGGUACCGAAGAUAAUUAUUUUUUGGAUGUAGAACAGAAUUCUUCACAUGUCACUUCCUCUAGUUUGCUCUUGUCAGAAGUUCAGACUUGUGACUCGGAUCACUUCAGUACCAAACAGCAAUUAAAAUCACUGCCUUCUGACGCAGACACAUGUACCCAAGCUACUAAUAUGGUGGGAGAUGAUCCAGAUGUAAAACUGACAUCAGAUGUUUUGAACCAGCAAACUCUUCCAGUAGUAUGGAGCACCUUAUCUGCAUCGUAUGGAUCUUCAUGUCAAAUUAGUUCUUCUAUCAAUGAGCUUCCAAAGAAUGCGCCAAAUCUCAAUCACCAAGUACUGUUUGGAAGUCACAACAUACCCAGUGAUUUGAAUGUGGAUCAGCCUUUGCAAGGCUCUCAAGCAAGCGCAAAAAUUUCUCAUCUUGGCCAGCUUGCAUUGCCUGAUACCACUAGCUUCUCCAAACUGCUUAGUAACAUAAAAACUCUAGCAACUCAGCAAAGGAGGUCAUUGGGAGUGGGAAAGACAUUUCCAUGUUUGUUUGGGUCAUUUCAUUCAUCAAUCUUCAAGAUGAGAAAGCAUUUCCCUUUCUUACUACCAGAAUUAGAUGGUAAUACGUGUUCUGAAAAGUUAGGAACACAGCAGUUAAUGACUUCAAGGUGCACUCAACCAUAUGUCCCAUUUACAGUUGAUGUUGAUCCACAAGCCUCAGCAGAAGAAUUGACAAAUCAGGGCCAUCUCUUUUAUGAAGAGUAUUUUGAGAAGGUUGGGACAAGAAGAUUUCCAACAUCACAAUCCUCAUCCAAUGCUUUGCCCAUGAGAAUAAACACUUAUCCUUGCAAUGAAUUUCAAGCGAUGCCUCUGAUAGGGUCACAAGGCCAAGCACAAGAAAAAUGUUUAAUGCCUACAAAUUUUUCAACUAUCCCUUCUGUAGAUCAUUCUUAUGAUCAACAUCAAGAGAAAAUGACUAUUUCAGACUUACAUUCACGUGCAAUUUCUAACCCUACUUGUCUAUCUACUAUACGAAAAAAUGAGUAUAUAAAUGACAUUCAGUUUUCAAAUGAAUUUAUAAUCUCUGACAGUCUUGGUCAACAAUAUCCUUUUCCUAACCAACUAGUGCCAGUGAUAAUGGAAAAGGAUAAUGAAGGUAGGAAUACCAUUAGUAGUGACCUAGGCUUGAGGGUAAAUUCUAAUGAACAAGCUGUGAAUCCCCUUAGUCCUUUAUGGCAAGACAAAGGUGUGGGUACUCGAAGUCGAGCAUGGUGGCAUAUGUGUUCUGUUGAUGGUGCUAAAAUUCCCCCAUUGCCUUCAUGUUCACAGGGAAGCAGGGGAUAUGGUGAAGAGGAUCCUGGCCAAUGCACUGUCGGAACUUUUCUAAGUCCACUGCAGAAACAAUACUAUAGACACGUUAGUGAUGAAUCUUCCUAUUCUUCUUCAGCUGAAAGUGGUUCAUGUCAAAGUGAAUCCCUAUUGCAGAAGCCAGUUGUAUCACAGUUGGGCUAUGUCAUUAAGGAUAAACUCAUUGCCUUGCAAGAUGCAGAAAUGUAUCAGGGAUUGGCUGCUGGAGGAAUCUCUGCAGUGAUAUCUUCACGCCUGUUUAUUCCUGGCAAAGACAUACAGUAUUGGUCCCCAGACACUGAUUUAUUACCAGAAAACAAAUUUGAGCACAAAGCAUCUACAGAAAUUUCAAAAGUUGCCACAUCUUCUAAUAGGGAUGAUUUUAAUCACCAAAAUUCAUCAUUUCUUUCAAACAUUGGAUCUCCAGUGACGGUUCUUCCUAAGAAGCGCAGGAGAAUUGUUAUGCCACGUACACCUUCUCACAUAGGAAGCACUGAAGAUGGAAACAGAAUUUCUACUAUAAGUAACUCAGAGAUGCCAUGGACAGCUGCAAGAAAUUCUCUACUAGAGAAUGAAGGUGAUGACUCCUAUGUCAAAAAGGCAGGAUUAGUUUCUCAAGCAAAGAGGAGGCUUUUACUCACAACUCAAUUAAUGCAGCAACUUGUACGGCCAUUACCUACUCCUAUUAUGUGUGGCAAAGAAAUUGUUGAAUAUGAGAGUGUGAUAUACGCUUCAGCUAAGACAAUUUUAGAAGAUGCUUGCAAGUUCAGUUCUAGCUUAAGGAUCUCUGGCAACCCUAACAAGUUCAAAAGAUUGAAAGCCAAUUCCUUUUCCAGCGAGGGAAAAAGCUUUAUGGGAAGGACAAAGGGACUUGAAAAUGAAUUUCUAAGAUUCAAGGUUGGAUGCGAGUCAACAUCAGAAGGAGCUUCUCCACAUAAGGAUCAAGGAUUAAGUCAAAGGGCUUUGCAAGGCAAAGGUGGAUCAGCAUUCGAGAAAUAUAUAACAUCAAGAUUGUUGGAAACUUCAAUGUACAUAUCGGAACUAAGAAAUGAAAUACAAAAGUUGGAGAGAUUGUCAGUCAGAAAUAGAUUCGCCAAGCUCCGUCGAAGAAAAUCUCCUGUUGCCUCUGAGAAAUCUAUAGCAAAUGGAACAGAAUCUCUAUUUGGCUUGACAUUGUCUAUCCAUAUGACAUGUCCUCGUAGACAUGCCACAGAACUUCCAUUGCCAAAUGACAUUCCAGAGGGAGUGCUUUGUUGUUCUCUUUAAUGCUAAUGGAAAUUUUGUAGUUUUAUGUUUACAAAAUUUCAUAUACGAACUUCCGAGUAAAUUUUCACUUUCAUCUUUCUUUUUAAGGCUAGAAAAGUUGAAAAGCUUUACGUUCCGAGAUAUAAAUAAUAGCUAUUUUCAAAUCCAAUCACUCUCUGGUAGCAAAGAACUUGCCUUCUAUACAUCUCCUUGAAUGAAACCCAAAAGCUAAAGUUGUUUUGUCCUCAUCCUCUGUAAUUUUGUUUUCUCAAAUAGCUUGAAAAUUGAAGCAGAGAAGUGUCAACUUACAUGAUUAUCCUUGUUCUGUUUUUUUUUCCGUACCAUUUGACAGGCAAAGAUGGUGCCAUGUUUUAGGUAGAUGGAAACUUCAAUGUGCAUAUCGGAACAAAGAAAUGAAAUACAAAAGUUGGAGAGAUUGUCAGUCAGAAAUAGAUUCGCCAAGCUCCGUUGCAGAAAAUUUCUUGUUGCCUCUGAGAAACCUAUAGCAAAUGGAACAGAAUCUUUAUUUGACUUGACAUUGUCUAUCCAUAUGACAUGUCCUUGUAGAAAUGUCGCAGAACUUCCAUUGCCAAAUGACAUUCCAGAGGGAGUGCUUUGUUGUUCUCUUUAAUGGUAAUGGAUUUUUUGUAGUUUUAUGUUUAUAAAAUUUCAUAUAUGAACUUCCGAGUAAA